AACCUACCAAACGUCACUCUAACGUCACGUCCUCAAAGACACGGAAGAGUUUGAACCGCAGCUUUAACUUUAUUUAAACCUUAAAUUUAAUCUGAUGUGUUCAGGUUUAAACUCAGGUUCAGUUAUUGAGUGAAAACACCAACAGACUCAGACAUUUAGAACAAACUAAGAGUCAGAUCAGCAGAAACAGAGAACACGGACAUGUCUGCUGUAACUGCGUCACUCUGCUCCACGCUGAUGUUUGUCCUGUUCGUCUCUGCAGACCAGAAAAACAUCACAGCUGAGUCUGGACAGGACGUCACUCUGACAUGUCGAGCUCCAAACAACAACUUCAUAGUUGUAGAGUGGAGCAGAGCUGACCUGGGAGAUGAAUAUGUGUUUGUUUACAAGGAUGAGGGGUUUCAUUCAAACAGCCAGCAUCCAUCUUUUAAGAACCGGGUGGAUCUGCAGGACAGACAGAUGAAGGAUGGAGACGUGUCUUUGAUUCUGAAGGAUGUGAUGAUUAAUGACACUGGAACAUACAAGUGUCGUGUUGUCCAGAUAGGAACAGAGCAUUUGAAGCUCAUCAACACCACCUACCUUCAUGUUGAUCCUCCAGGUCAGACAGGAGGACAAGAGAAGAAUGAAGACGACAAAGAUGGAGGAAAGGAAGACAAAGAGAAGGAGGAGGAUGGAUCUGUUGCACUGAAAGUUUCGUUGUGCUUCUCGUUGUUGCCUUUGUUGGUUUUUUGAUCUACAGAAAAUAUAAACAACAACAGAGUGAGGAAACAAACCAGCCUCCUGUUUAAGUGCAGCAGGUUUAAAUGUCUCAGAGUUUUUCCAGCGUUGAUUCUGCUGCUGCUGUUCAGAGUUCUGGGUGUUGUCAGUGUUUAAAAUCCUGCAGAAACAGAUGAUCUGAGCACAGACAGCAGGCCCACAGUACUGUAGGUUUAUUUCAUUUUAAUCUUUAAUGGCUGCUUCUGUUUUUGCUGACAGCUCAUCUCAGUGGACGAGUUUCAUCUUUGAAAGCAGUCUUUAUAUUCCAGCUCUGUACCGUAUUUUUCAGAAUAUAAGGCACACUUAAAAUCCUUUAAUUUUCUCAAAAAUCAACAGUGUGCCUUAUGUAUGAAUUCUGGUUGUGUUUACUGACCUCCAACUGAUUUUAUGUGCUACACGGGGCUCAAAAAUCUGUCAAAAAAUGUUUUAGUACGACUUUCGUAAACUAUGAAGCCGCACCGCUUGAUGGAUUGUCAGAGCAUUACAGCUA